GAGAGCCGCCCUCAACAGAUGUCGCGGACGCAGAACUUCAAGGAUGGAUUCAUGAGAAGUUUGCAGUCGUGCGCAUCGUUGGUUUCGGCAAAAAACUUGGACAAAGAAGUGAUCGCCAAAAUGCCAGAAGCUGCAGAAGACUUAUGGGUUCGUACGCGGAGAGAUGCAGAAAGCAUGCUCAGGAAUCCUUCCAUGACGGCUAGCGAGUUCAAGAAGUAUGCUCAAGAGCUCCAGGGAGUUAUCAAAGAUGUCGCCUCCCUCUUCAAGCACGAGAUUCGGCUUACAGAAUCGGAUUCGGCCAAAGUGGUCAGGCAAGUGGCGGAGAAGGUGGCUGAAUUGGUGUUGAAAGAUCUGGAAAAGCUGAUGCCCAUCUGUCCGCAUCACCUUUUCAACAAAAGAUGCGAAGCUCACAAGGGAAAAGGAGAGUGUCCGCUGGAGCACCCGGAUGUCAGCAAGACGCAUGAUUCAUGGCAACUCUUGGGCAUCAGUGGUGGAAAAGCAACAAUAUUCCAUGGCAUUGGCUUGAACAGCUGGCUGGGCAUUGUGAAUAUUUGUCAAAACAGUGUCAGGACGGGGCAGCCUUGCAAGGGCAGGUGUCGGUGGAUGCACCCCGAGAAGUAUGAGCUGCAGAAGAUACAGGAGAAGCUGCGGAAUAAAUGUGGUACUUACUACUUCGACUGGGCAAAAGUUGCCCACUUGGAAGUAGUCGCAGAGGUGCUGCUGCAGUCGCUGCAAGGCGAAGGAGCAGAUCUCAAAAUCCCGAACGGGUUUGGCUGCUGCUUCUUCAAGGAUGGCGACAAGAUGUUGAAUGUUCGCUUGGCGACCAUUCUUGCAUCUGCGUUCUUGAAUAAGCGUUGCUGUGACCUGGGCCUGGAGGCAUCUACGGAAGUGCUGCUGCGCAUGUGCCGCAGCCUUUACCGCUAUCCCGACCCGCAGGCCGCGGAUUUGGCAAAGGCUACUUUGGCAGAAGUGC